CAGGCAGUGUCAAUGGCUCCUCCUGCCACGGAGCAGCUACAGUCUUGAGGAUUGCGGGGCUCCUUUAAGAGAGGGUUUUGGGGGGGCUGGGGAGGGGGGAAGCGGAGCGAACAUCCCCCAUAGCGAGCGCCCGGGAGACCCAGGCGGCCCCUGUUCCUCCAUAGCGAGCCGGGGAGGAGACGGCAGCAGCGGCGGGACCCGCAACUGGAGACACCCCCCACGCCGCCGCCGUGAAGCGGCCACCCCCGGGGCCCCCCUAUCCCCCCCCGAAGAGGCACCGUUUGUCGGAGGAUCAACCCCCCCCUCCCCUUCCGCCACCCACACGAGCCGGCAAAUGAACUCGGUCCGAGCCGCCAACAGGAGACCCAGGCGAGUGUCCAGGCCGCGCCCGGUGCUGCAGCAGCAGGAGAGAAACAACGCAGCCGCCGCCGGGGAACGGGAUGAUGAUGUACCUGCAGAUAUGGUUGCAGAAGAAUCGGGUCCUGGUGCACAAAAUAGUCCAUACCAACUUCGUAGAAAAACUCUUCUACCUAAAAGAACAGCUUGCCCUACAAAGAGCAGUAUGGAGGGUGCCUCCACUUCAGCUACCGAGAACUUUGGUCAUCGAGCUAAACGUGCUAGAGUAUCUGGAAAAUGCCAGGAUUUAUCAGCAGCACCUGCAGAACAAUAUCUUCAGGAGAAACUGCCAGAUGAAGUGGUUCUAAAGAUCUUUUCCUACUUGCUGGAGCAAGAUCUUUGUAGAGCAGCUUGUGUGUGUAAACGCUUCAGUGAGUUGGCUAAUGAUCCAAUUUUGUGGAAACGACUGUAUAUGGAAGUAUUUGAAUAUACACGUCCAAUGAUGCAUCCAGAACCUGGUAAAUUCUAUCAGAUUAAUCCAGAAGAAUAUGAACACUCAAACCCCUGGAAAGAAAGCUUUCAGCAGCUGUACAAAGGAGCACAUGUAAAGCCAGGCUUUGCUGAACACUUCUAUAGUAACCCUGCAAGAUAUAAAGGAAGAGAAAACAUGUUGUACUAUGACACCAUUGAGGAUGCCCUCGGUGGGGUUCAGGAAGCUCAUUUUGAUGGACUUAUCUUUGUUCACUCUGGUAUAUAUACUGACGAAUGGAUAUAUAUCGAAUCUCCAAUCACUAUGAUUGGUGCAGCACCUGGAAAAGUAGCAGAUAAAGUCAUAAUAGAAAACACUAGGGAUUCCACCUUCGUUUUUAUGGAGGGGUCUGAAGAUGCAUACGUUGGGUAUAUGACAAUCAGGUUCAAUCCUGAUGACAAAUCUGCUCAACACCACAAUGCACACCACUGCUUAGAGAUUACCGUGAACUGCAGCCCAAUAAUAGAUCAUUGUAUCAUUCGAAGUACCUGUACAGUGGGCUCUGCAGUAUGUGUUAGUGGCCAGGGAGCUUGUCCCACUAUCAAACACUGUAAUAUCAGCGACUGUGAAAAUGUUGGACUUUAUAUUACAGAUCAUGCACAGGGAAUAUAUGAGGACAACGAGAUCUCCAAUAAUGCAUUAGCAGGAAUUUGGGUUAAAAACCAUGGAAACCCCAUUAUCAGACGGAAUCACAUUCAUCAUGGACGUGAUGUUGGUGUUUUCACGUUUGACCAUGGCAUGGGUUAUUUUGAAAGCUGCAACAUACAUAGAAACAGGAUAGCUGGCUUUGAGGUCAAAGCUUAUGCCAACUACAGUUGGGUGAUGUGGUUUGUCUUUCAUGGUCAGACUGGAGGAAUCUAUGUUCAUGAAAAAGGAAGAGGACAAUUCAUAGAGAAUAAAAUCUAUGCAAACAAUUUUGCAGGUGUUUGGAUUACCUCAAACAGUGACCCAACAAUAAGGGGCAAUGCAAUUUUUAAUGGGAAUCAAGGUGGAGUUUACAUCUUUGGUGAUGGGAGAGGCCUUAUUGAAGGAAAUGACAUUUAUGGUAAUGCAUUAGCAGGAAUUCAGACGACAAAUAGUUGUCCCAUUGUUCGACACAACAAGAUUCAUGAUGGCCAACAUGGUGGAAUUUAUGUGCAUGAAAAAGGACAAGGAGUUAUUGAAGAAAAUGAAGUUUACAGUAAUACUUUGGCCGGAGUCUGGGUGACAACAGGAAGUACUCCAGUACUGAGGAGAAAUAGAAUACAUAGUGGGAAACAGGUUGGUGUUUAUUUUUAUGACAACGGACAUGGAGUGUUGGAGGACAAUGACAUCUAUAAUCACAUGUACUCAGGGGUUCAAAUAAGAACUGGAAGCAACCCCAAAAUUAGGCGCAACAAAAUCUGGGGAGGUCAGAAUGGUGGUAUUCUUGUUUAUAAUUCUGGGCUUGGAUUUAUAGAAGACAAUGAAAUUUUUGAUAAUGCAAUGGCUGGAGUAUGGAUUAAGACAGACAGUAAUCCUACGCUAAGAAGAAAUAAAAUCCAUGAUGGAAGAGAUGGGGGCAUCUGUAUAUUUAAUGGUGGCAGAGGUCUCCUUGAAGAGAAUGAUAUUUUUAGAAAUGCUCAAGCUGGUGUUCUCAUCAGCACCAACAGUCACCCUGUGUUAAGGAAAAAUCGAAUAUUUGAUGGCUUUGCUGCAGGUAUUGAAAUAACAAAUCAUGCAACUGCAACAUUAGAAGGCAAUCAGAUUUUCAACAACCGUUUUGGAGGCUUAUUUCUAGCAUCUGGUGUCAAUGUAACAAUGAAAGAUAACAAAAUAAUGAACAAUCAAGAUGCCAUAGAAAAGGCUGUCAGUAGAGGCCAAUGUCUGUAUAAGAUAUCAAGUUACACCAGCUACCCAAUGCAUGACUUCUACAGAUGUCACACUUGUAACACCACAGAUCGUAACGCCAUAUGUGUGAACUGCAUUAAGAAGUGCCAUCAAGGACAUGAUGUAGAAUUUAUUAGACACGAUAGGUUUUUCUGUGACUGUGGUGCUGGAACACUGUCUAAUCCCUGUACGCUAGCUGGGGAGCCUACACAUGAUACAGAUACACUAUAUGACUCUGCUCCACCUAUAGAAUCUAAUACAUUGCAGCACAACUAAAUUCCUUUCAGGAAAAAAAAAGUCCUGCCAUUCUAAUAUCAUAACUGUUAAACUUUUUUUUUGGAGGAAAUUAUACUUGCCCAUUUCUGCAGAAAGAGACUGUAUUAAAAAUGGAUGUGUAAGGUGUUGACACUAUGGAGCUCAACCUACCAAAAAGAAAGUGGCAAUAUGUUGACUCAG